AUGAGCGCUCUUCGGCUAUCGCGUGCAGCGCUGCGCGCCCGGUCCGCCGUCGCUUUCAAGCCGGUCCAACGCAGAGGCUACGCUGAUGCCGUCUCGGAUAAAAUAAAGCUCUCCCUGGCACUUCCUCACCAGUCCAUCUACACCUCGCAAGACGUUGUACAAGUCAACAUCCCCGCCGAGUCUGGAGAAAUGGGUAUCCUCGCACAGCACGUCCCGUCGAUUGAGCAGCUGAAGCCCGGCUUGGUGGAGAUCAUUGAGGAGAGUGGUGGAAGCAAGCAGUUUUUCCUCUCUGGAGGUUUCGCGGUCGUCCAACCAAACUCCGUACUGAGCAUCAACGCCGUGGAAGGAUUCCCCUUGGAAGAAUUCAGUGAAGAGGCCGUCAGAUCACAGAUACAGGAGGCGCAGAAGGUUGCCGGCGGGAGCGGCAGCGAGCAGGAUAUUGCAGAGGCCAAGAUCGAGCUUGAGGUAAGAGACUGCGACGCUUGA